UACACCAGACUCCUGUCUGGAUGAUAUUUUGCUCCAACAAUGGUGUAAUUGAUGUGAUGUGAUGGAAAAUAUUGCAUAGGAGAGUACGUCAUCUACUGCCUCAGCUGAAGUUUUCAACAAGUUAAUAAUUCUUCAGUGUAGGACCAAAGUAUGAAAAAUUCUAUUUUAUCAAGAAAAGUGAGCAUCUUCCUUCAUCAUCCCAGAAAUAUUACACUGGAAGGUGAAAGCAGAGCAGAGGAUGGCUCAGUACAACCACUCAGCACAGUUCUCUCUCCAGAGCUCAGCAAAUAAAUCCUUAAAUGUCACUGACACCCCACUGUCUUGGGAUGAAAGGACACUCUUAGGGCUGAAGAUUUCACUGUCCAUCCUUCUGUCCGUUAUAACUUUGGCAACAAUCCUUGCAAACGCUUUUGUUGUCAUCACCAUUUUUCUGACGAGGAAGCUCCACACACCUGCGAAUUACCUCAUCGGCUCCCUGGCCGUGACCGACCUCUUAGUGUCCGUGCUCGUGAUGCCUGUCAGCAUUGUCUACACUGUCACCCACACCUGGGCCUUUGGCCAGCUGCUGUGUGACAUCUGGCUGUCAUCAGACGUCACCUGCUGCACAGCCUCCAUCCUGCACCUGUGUGUCAUCGCCCUGGACAGGUACUGGGCCAUCACCGACGCCCUGGAGUACAGCAAGCGCCGCACUGCUGGCCGGGCAGCCCUCAUGGUGGCCGUGGUCUGGAUGAUUUCUGUCAGUAUCUCUGUGCCACCGUUUUUCUGGAGGCAAGUGAAAGCUCCUGAAGAAAUUGCAAAGUGCGCUGUAAACACGGAUCAAAUUUCCUACACGAUUUAUUCCACUUGUGGAGCUUUCUACAUCCCAACCGUGCUCCUCCUGAUAUUGUACGGCAGAAUUUAUGUAGCAGCUCGGUCCAGGAUUCUGAAGCCACCCCCGUUGUAUGGGAAACGUUUUACUACUGCACACCUGAUUGCUGGUUCUGCAGGCUCCUCCCUCUGCUCCAUCAACGCCAGCCUCCAUGAAGGGCAUUCCCAUGCAGAUGGAUCCCCAAUAUUUAUUGGUCAUGUUAAAAUAAAACUUGCAGAUAGUGUGCUGGAAAGGAAAAGAAUUUCUGCUGCCAGAGAAAGGAAAGCUACCAAAACUUUAGGCAUUAUUCUAGGAGCUUUCAUUUUCUGCUGGCUGCCUUUUUUUGUCAUAUCCCUAGUCGUACCAAUCUGCCAAGAUGCCUGUUGGUUUCAUCCCAUCCUACUGGACUUUUUUACCUGGUUGGGUUACCUAAACUCGUUAAUCAAUCCAGUCAUUUAUACAGCUUUUAAUGAAGAAUUUAAACAGGCUUUCCAAAAACUAAUACUUUUCCAGAAAUGUUCCUCUUGA